AAACACAGCCUGCAUCCCCCUAUGCCCUCAGCACUCUACAUUCCCCUGUGAGCUGCUCUCUGCAUCCUUAUUUCUACCAAAGGACAUCAUGGACCAGUUUGUGGGCACCUGGAAGCUGUGUGACAGUCAGGGCUUUGAUGAGUACAUGCAAAGUCUAGGAGUUGGCUUUGCCACAAGAAAAGCUGGUGCAAUGGCAAAGCCCAAUGUGAUCUUUUCUAGGAAUGGGGAUGAAAUUAGUCUGAAAACGGAGAGCACUUUAAAAAGUACAGAGAUGAAGUUCAGACUGGGAGAAGAAUUUGAUGAAACCACAGCAGAUAACAGGAAAACAAGGACCAUAAUAACCUGCAAUGAUGGAAUACUGAUACAGGUGCAGAAGUGGGAUGGAAAAGAGACCACUAUUAAGAGGGAACUUGUGAAUGGACAAAUGGUUGUGACAUGUACCAUGGGCGAUGUGAAAUGCGUGCGUAUGUAUGACAAAGUGAAGACAUAAAAUUCAGUCUUAUGAUUAGGCUGAAUCUACUUGAGGAGAGCUCAGUUCAAUGAGCCACACUUAAUUACACUACCAUGGCUUUAAAAACCGUUUUUUAUUUCCGGGAUCUUAAUCAAAAUCACUGACAAAUUCUAUCAAUUUGAAUAUAAAAAUAGUGGUGUAACUAAUCUGAACUCUGUGGUUCCUAAAUAAAAAAUGUCACAAAUCA